CACUUCCUUUUGCUUGGUGAGCUGUCCAGAGCCUUUGCAAAUGCAUGCCGACCAUGGAAGUGCCCCAGCAGCCCUGCUGUUCAAACAGAAUCCUAUUUGGAAGGCAGACAUGUGGCCCAUUUCCAUAGCCAUUCCUGAGAAAUCUGGUUUUUCAAGGUGACUUCCCAAGUAUGGCUGGCCACAAUACCUCGAGGAAUUCCUCUUGUGAUCCUAUACUGGCACCCCACUUAAUCAGCCUCUACUUCGUAGUGCUCAUUGGAGGGCUGGUGGGUGUCAUCUCCAUUCUGUUCCUGUUGGUGAAAAUGAACAGCCGGUCAGUGACUACCAUGGCGGUCAUUAACUUGGUGGUGAUCCAUAGCGUUUUUCUUCUGACAGUGCCAUUUCGCUUGAUCUACCUCAUCAAGGAGACUUGGACGUUUGGGCUGCCCUUCUGCAAAUUUGUGAGUGCUAUGCUACACAUCCACAUGUAUCUCACGUUCCUGUUCUAUGUGGUGAUCCUGGUCACCAGGUACCUCAUCUUCUUCAAGCGCAGAGACAAAGUGGAAUUCUACAGAAAACUGCAUGCUGUGGCUGCCAGUGCUGGCAUGUGGGCCCUGGUGAUUGUCAUCGUGGUACCCGUGGUUGUCUCACGGUAUGGAAGUCAUGAGGAAUACAAUGAGAAGCACUGUUUUAAAUUUCACAAAGAGCUUGCUCACGUGCAUGUGAAAGUCAUCAAUUAUAUGAUAGUCACUUUUGUCAUAGCCAUUGCUGUGAUUCUCUUGGUCUUCCAGAUCCUCAUCAUUAUGUUUAUGGUGCAGAAGCUACACCACUCCUUACUAUCCCACCAGGAGUUCUGGGCUCAACUGAAAAACCUAUUUUUUAUAGGGAUCAUCCUUGUUUGUUUCCUUCCCUACCAGUUCUUUAGGAUCUAUUACUUGAAUGUUGUGACACACCCCAAUGCCUGUAACAGCAAUGUUGCAUUUUAUAAUGAAAUCUUCUUGAGUGUAACAGCAAUUAGUUGCUAUGAUUUGCUUCUUUUUGUCUUUGGGGGAAGCCAUUGGUUUAAGCAAAAGAUAAUUGACUUAUGGAAUUGUGUUUUGUGCCGUUAGCCACAAACUAUGUUAUUCAUAUUUGCUUCCUUUAUAAAAAUGGAUAUAGAGGAGUUAAGAAUGGUAUUUCAUUACUUGAUAAAAAACCAUGCUUUGAUCUACCCAAAACAAAAGGACUAUAAAAUGUCAGAACCCUCAUGUAGUCAUUAUGAGUGAUGCCCAUACAAAGAACCAGUGAUGUUGAAUCUACUUGGAGUUGAAUAUCACAUUAUUUUCCAAUACAGAAUGUCUGUGUGGCCCAUCCAUCCAGGCGACAUAGAUGUUAAGAGUUUUAGAGUUUCAUUAGUUCAUUCCAAUUUCCUCUGUUUGAAGCAUGUUUUUUUCUUAGAUUUCGGACUGGACUCAGCCCUUUAGUUCUCUUCAUCCCACUUCACCUUACGUAAGUAAAUCCUGGCCACGACCCAGCUCCGAAGACACAAACUCUCCUUGGUUAACCAGAUUUGAUAUCCCAUUCAUCUCACAUCAUGAUAAAAACUGAUAAGGGGGGGAAAUGGUAAAAAAAUAUUUGUAGGGUAUCAUAACUCUGGUGGAAAGUCAUCUAUUUAGAAAUUAAGAGAAAAAGAACUCACGGCUUUCUGUUAUAACAAGGUUUUUUUUAUUUGUCCUGUAAAAGAUCAACUCCCUCAACAUCACCAAUUGCAUUUUUGCUCCAAAAAUAGUUUGAAAGCUUACUGGACGUAUCUACAUAAUGGUGAAACUGUAAUUUAGAGAAUAUUCCUGAACAAUGUGCUGGCAUGCAUUAAAAUGAGUUCCCAAGGGAAGUGAUUAAAUUUUUUUUUCUUCUGUUUUCUGAGAGAGUUUCUAGAUGUCCUGGGCCAUAGUUAAUUAAGAUUUUUAGUGGGGACAGAAAGUUAUACUGAAAUCUUUAGAGCUCCCUUCCACCCUUAAAAUUAUAUGUUUUUAAAUAAAUGAAAACUGUGUUUUUAAAAGAGGGCUUUUGAGAAGUAUAUAGAAAACCAUUACUUUAGACUCCGUGAGAUUAGGUUGCAUGAAGAUUUCCUGAAUAUUUGAAGAAUGGAUAAAUAAAAUGUACUUGAAAGUAACAAAAUUAUAAUCCUUUAAAAUACAGGGGAAAUAACAAAUGGGUACUAGGUUUAAUACUUGGGUGAUGAAAUAAUCUGUACACAAACUCCCAUGACACAUGUUUAUCUAACAAACCUGCACAUGUACCCCUGAACUUAAAAUAAAAGUUUAAUAUCAUCAUAAUAAAAUAAUUUGGAUUAUUUUCCAAAUUCUGGGUUACUUUAUGUAAAAUUUGAUUAAUAACAUGUGACAUGUGGCAUAUAGGACAUCUAUGAUGGUUGAUACACAGGCUUGUGGGUUUUUGCUUUCUGGGUUUUUUUACUCCUGCCCAUACUAUUAUUGCCUUCAAUGUUUUAUCCUCUAAAAAUUUUCCCAGUAUCUGAUCCAGUUUCAUAUUUAAUGCUUCAGAAAACCUGAAGUAAUUAGUAACAUGAAUAAAAUAACUGAAUGAAUUAAGGGAUUUUUUUUCAUCAAGGUAUGUAUUUAGAACUUAAAAGUUUUUCUCAAUUUAUUAUCACUCUGUAGAUUCACAAAUUUCUCAGAUGAAUAAGAAAUAUCCCUGUGAAUUUCUGUGGUCUCUAAAAUUACUGAACCAUAUAAAUUAAUUCUGAGGAAGCAAGAGUAGCAACACAGUUCAAACAUGACUUGUUUCCGUAUAUUUUCUGUUUUACAUAUUCUUUCAUCUGUUCUUUUUUAAAAAAGUAAUAUUUCUUUUUUCUUGUCUUUUUACUCACUUAUUUUCUACAUUUUUUUCUUUCUCAUUUUGAACCAUAAAAUUUACAAGACAAUUACUAAGACCUCUGAUAGUUUUUUUCAAGAAAAUUUAUAAUGCCCAUAAAUAUGCUUAAAAAAGAAAUUAAAAGUAUUUGUGAGAAUUUCAUUAUCUUGUAGAUUAUAUCAUAAUCUCUUCCAGAUUUUAGAUAUCUACGGUCAGGCAAUUCAAAAGAAUUAAUCUCUGUAUUAACCUGUUAUAAUAUUAAUAUAACACUAGGUUAUUUUCACACAUCAUAAUAAAGGGCUUAUUAGAAAUGUUACUCAAAAUAUAGAAAUGCAAUAUUCCAUAAUAAUAAAAUAUCUUUUUCAUAAGUAUUUAUGGAGUAAAUAGAAAAAUUUCAGUUUUCUGUUCUUUGUCUUUAAUCAAUACAGAAAUGAAUCUCAUGUGGGACUGGGGGUGACAUUGGCCUCUAGGGCCAUUUUUGGAUAUCACCAUUAUAGGAGAGGACUAGGAUUAAUAUUUAGCGGUGGGAGCCAAGAAAUAGACAUCUUGCCUUGCACAUAAUUGUCUACACAAUAAAGAACUAUCAGGCCUUGCUCUGUAUUUGAAUGCUCUAUUAGACAUUAAUGAAGUGAAACAUAUGAUCAUAACAGAGCAGUUAUCAGGUUUUAUCCAGUUUUCAUAAACCCACAGUAUUUUUUUUGUAAAGCUUUAAUUCUCUGAAUUUUCUGGAGAUGGAAUGAUCAUGGAUUGAAGAAAGAUUUUACUUUGGUUUCCUCUGAACUUUACCAGGGGUCAUUCAGUCCUUUGGAAAUGACUUGAUAAGUAGCAAUACCAUUUAUGACAUUAACAUAAGACACAACAUACCUGUAAGCAAUAUUUGCAGCUACUGCAUUCAAGAGAUAUUACAUACAGGUGUAUGUAAUCAGACUGACUCAUUUUGUCUCUUUAUGUGAUUAUGCCUGAGCAUUUACACACUGAAAUACAAAAUAUUUUAUUAUUGAUAACUUUUCAUUACUCGUUUAUAUUACAGUGAAAACAUUAUGCAUAAAUAAUGUGUAUGUUUACAUUAUUAGUGUAGAAAGCAUAUACAUUUCAUUUUGAGAUGGUAAAAUUAUCUGUAAGUUUUAUUUUAUUUUAGAAUGGUAGAAGUAUUAUCAAUAUUUGUGAUAAAAAGCAAGGUAUUGGGUCUGAGAAAGUUGAGAACCACUGAACUACCAUGAAGAGACAAUAUAAGAGGGAAAUUUAUAAAUUUUAACAUUAUAAACAGGAAAGGUAUUUCUGUUUUUGAA